CUCGAAUCAGGACGGGAGGCACUCGACAAACCUUUCUCUCCUCUUCCAUCCCUCUGACCUGGUUCCUUUUGUUCAUCCCUCGCACCACAUCGAUCAUGUUGGCUUUGAACUCUCCCGUCAGCACCCUACACUCCUCAUACCCUCCGGGAUUCGGCCCUGGGGUCCAGUUCGCUCUCGAUCUUGCUGACUCCGCCAUCACCAUGACCGACAACGACGAUCAUCUAACCUCAACUUCACACAAUCACCCGGCUGUGAGAUCAAGUCUGCAUGGGGCUUCUCCUUUCGUUCCCCAAGGUAGAUUCGGCCCAUGGCCGUCGACGUCAACCUACGAUCCCUUCUCAGGAGAUCCCGGCCGACAUACGUCUCCUGACCGGCCAGAGAGGCUACGAGGAAGGUUUCCCCCAGAGAUACACGCUGCGCCGCGUCCGCCCAUCACGGCCACUGGGGGAGAAUCCUUUCGUCCACUGUCCUUGGGCUCCAUAUCUUCUGCCUUCACCUCAGAUGCUGGCUCUUACCACCAGGGCCCGCCUCCCAGGUCUGAUCCAGAUGAAAAUUUGGCCCUAAGGCGACAAAGUCAAGACAGUUUUGCUCUUCGCACGGCGUCUCCAACGAGCCAAGGUUACAACGACUACGAAAUAGAGACUCAGCACCGCAUUGGUAAUGAAUUUAACCGAACCACCCGCUACCAAACUCGCAGAAGACCCUUCAACCAAGACGAAUUCGACGGUCCUUCUCAACUGCUACCUCUGCCUCUGCCUCAGCAAGAGCAUCUUCGUUCACAGACACUUUCCUCGCUUCCUGUCAACCUGACCAUCGAAGAGCAGGACGAGGUCAUCCAUCGGGUCAACGACAUCUUGUCAGGAUGCGCCUUCCAUUUCAUUGCAAAGUACCAAUUUCCAAUCCCUUUGGAACGUGACAAGACUCCAGUUCGCAAACACUCAGACCGGGAAUGGACUGAAUGGGCUUAUCUCCUCAAACGACUGGCCACAAAGCGUAGAAUCCCCGCCAGAGUCUUGUACGAAAACCAGAUCAAGCAAUUUGUCACCACUCUCGAAAACUCCAUUGCUGCCCGGCCGCAGACCAAGGACCAGACGAGGACACCAAAAGAUGACCGGUACAUGCUGCAACUGAUCAGUGCAGGCACUCAGGUCGCCAAAAUUCUAAUGGACUCACUGUCCAUGAAGCAACUUGACGAUCUAUACAGGCAGAUUGAAUCCAUCAUCCUUGAGAGAAGGUCUCGCAACAGGGGUUUGGGAUUCCACUGA